AUGGACAUAGAAUUGGCUAAGUGUGAGUGUUGUGGUCUAAAAGAAGAUUGCACACAAGACUAUAUUAAUGAAGUGAAGGCUAACUUUGAGGGGAAAUGGUUGUGUGGGCUUUGCUCAGAAGCUGUUAGAGAUGAAGUUGAUAGAGGGAAGAAUAUUAAGCAAGUUCUUGUGAUGGAAGAAGCAUUGAAGGCUCAUAUGUCAUUUUGUAGAAAAUAUAUUAAUUCUAAUCCUGCAAUUUGUAUAGCUGAUGGGAUUAGGCAGAUGCUAAUCAGGAGAAGGUCUAGGGAACAAGAUCAACAAGCAGAUCCCAAGUAG